AUGCACUCCACCCGCUCCAACCGCUUCUCCUCCUUCACACCCCUGCGCUCCUCCAUCCGCACCGCCUUCUCUCCUACGCGUUCGACCCGCAGCUCCUCCAGCGCCUCGACCUCGCCCCUCAGCCGCAACAGCAGCCCACACAGCUACCGCAGCUCCGUUGCCAGCAUCCGCGAGAUCCUGUCGCUCCGCCGCAAGCCCUCGAUCGUCGAGUUCGAGAUGGAGGAGGAGAAGCACCUCUUCUCCCACGAGCAGAUGGAGUUGCUUGAGCCCCGGCCCUGGGGCGGCAGGAGCGCUGAGAACGUGCACGUCGUCGGCAUCUUCGAGGUGUUGGACGGGAAGUGCUAG